UGUGGAGGCCACUCCUCUUCCUCUGCACAAACAAGGAAAUCGAAAGUUAUCUCUGAUACUCCUCUGCGACAUUUGUUAGUGAGUGUCAAAAUGGCAGAGGCAUUUUUUGAAGAUCGGGAUUCAUUUAGCUGUUCAAUCUGCUUGGAUAUACUGAAGGAUCCGGUGACUACUUCCUGUGGACACAACUACUGUAUGUGCUGUAUUGAGGGCUGCUGGGAUCAGGACGAUCUGAAAGGUGUUUACAGCUGCCCAGAGUGCCGACAGACCUUCGUCCAAAGGCCUGUUCUGAACAGAAACACGUUGCUGGCUAAAGUGGUGGAGAAACUGAAACAUACUGCUCCUCAUGCUGCUCCUCAUACUCCUCCUCCUGCUGCUCCUCCUGCUGCUCCUUAUGCUGCUCCUCCUGCUGCUCCUCCUGCUCUCUGUUAUGCUGGACCUGGAGAUGUGGAGUGUGAUUUCUGCACUGGGAGAAAACACAAAGCCCUCAUGUCCUGUCUGGUGUGUCUGGUCUCUUACUGUGAGACUCACCUCCAGCCUCACUAUAAUUUCCCUGCCUUAAAGAAGCACAUGCUGGUCAAAGCCUCCACACAACUACAGGAUAAGAUCUGCUCUCAACAUGACAAACUGCUGGAGGUUUACUGUCGUACCGAUCAGCAGUGUAUCUGUUAUCUGUGUACCAUGGAUGAACAUAAAGGCCAUGAUACAGUCUCAGCUGCAGCAGAGAGGACUGAGAAACAGAAGCAGGUGGGGGAGAAGCAACAGAAAUCCCAGCAGAGAAUCCAGGAGAGAGAGAAGGAGAUGCAGGAGCUGAGACAGGCUGUGGACUCUCUGAAGCUCUCUGCACAGGCAGCCGUGGACGACAGCGAAAGGAUCUUUGCUGAGCUGAUCCGCACCAUGGAGACAAGGUGCUCUGAGGUGAAGGAGCUGAUCAGAGACCAGGAGAAGGCUGAAGUGAGUCAGGCAGAAGGCCUCCUGGAGCGACUGGAGCAGGAGGUGGCUGAGCUGAGGAGGAGAGAUGCUGAGCUGGAGAAGUUCUCUCACACAGAGGACAACAUCCACUUCCUCCAGAGGUUCAAAGAUCACAGUGCCCCCCCUGUUUCUGAAGAGAAGCCUGCCAUCAUCCUUAACCAAAGUCAUGCUUUUAAGACGGUGAGGACCUCUGACCUCCAGAAAAAGCUGAUGCUCUGCUGUAAGGAGGGAGUAGGGGAGAUAUCAGCAGCAGUGAAAGCUGUCCACAUACUGCAGUCAGCAGAGCCAAGCAGCCAAGCAGCAGCAUCUGUCGCACAAUAUCACAGAAAAAAAUACUCUUUCAAGGAUAGGUGUUCAUUGUCGCAAGGUAAAAAUUAUGCAUAGCCCCCUGGGUAAAUGUUUAUGGUUUAAUUAAGGAGUGAUAAUAUCCUCAUCUUGUAGAUAAACUAUGUGCCAUUAAAAGGAGCAGGAGUGUGUUUGUUGUGUGUCACAGUUCAAGUUAACGUACUGUUUACUCCACUGACACCCAAAAGUACUAGUUUUAGAAUGCUUAGCAGGACAGGAACAUUAUCCAAUUCACGCCCUUAUCAAGAGAACAUCCCUGGUCCUCCCUACUGCCUCUGAUCUGGCGGACUCAAUAAACACAAAUGCUUCAUUUGUAAAUGAUGUCUGAGUGUUGGAGUGUGACCCUGGCUAUCUGUAAAUACAAAUAAAUAACAUUAA